AUGGCCUCGACAAAGACUGAAACCACAAGCGCUUCCACGCGGCUGACUGCCGGCUCGGGACGCUUAUUCUCCGAAGGCACGGGUGUCACAUAUGGUGAUUUCCGCGAUGACUUGAUCAAGAAUGGAUAUGCUGUGGUCAAAGGCGCCGUUCCUCGUGAGCGCGCCCUUGGUUAUGCGGAUGAUAUCUACGAGUGGUUGGAGGGCUUCGGUCUGGGCUUCAAGAGAGACGACCCGUCCACCAUUCACAAGGACCAUCUUCCCGACAUCAAUGAGAAGGGCAUGUGCCUGGGCUACGCCGUCUCCCACGAAUCCUUCACCUGGGGUGUCCGCCAAGAAGCCAAGGUCAUUGAGGCUUUUGAGAAAGUCUAUGGCACCCAGGACCUGAUCGUGUCCUUUGACUCAAUCGGCGUUGGUUUCCCCAACCGCAAAGAUAUCCAGCCCAACAAGCCCUGGCCUCACCAGGAUCAGGAUCCCGAGAAACCCGGGUUCCGAUGCUUGCAGGGCUUGGUCAAUUUGCUACCCAAUGGGCCCAAGGAUGGUGGAUUGAUUGUUUGCAAGGGUGCUCAUCAGUUGAGUGAGCAGUUCCAUGAGGAGUUCAAGAACGAGGAGGAGAAGAUUUGGUCAUGGACCAAGGAGUGGUACGGCUUCACAGAAAAGGGUCUGAAAUGGCUCAAGGAUCACGGAUGUGAAUGGGUCAAGAUCGAGGCUGAGCCCGGUGACUUGCUUCUUUGGGACUCUCGCACGCCUCAUUACAACGUCACGUCCGAGACUUUCCAGCCUCGCUUCUGCGUAUACACGUGCUUCAUGCCCGUGGCCGACGCAACCAAAGAGCAGCUUCAGAUCAAGAAGCAGGCUUUUGAGCAGACCAAGAUGACUACGCACUGGCCCAACGCUGCGAUGAUUGUGGACCUGCCUGUCCUGCGAAAUGGAGAACCAGAUCCUUAUCAGCGCUCUUCGCCGCGCGAGCCGGUCAAGCUCACGGAGAGGGGUUACAAGUUGACCGGGAUUCCUUAUCUGGAGCAGAUGGCUUAA